CAUAGAGCCGGAGCGUCGCCAAGCCGCGGGCGUCCUGUUCCUGAUGCAAUAGAAAUCAGAAGAUUACGAACUCCGACCAGAACCCGAGGAGCUAUACCGGAGCAGAGGAGCGUCAGGGGGGAGGUCAGAGCGCGGAGCAGAGCCGCCAAGUUCUUUAGGUACAUCAGAAGCAGGGGCAGCCAACCGGGUGAUCUGAGUGUUUCCUGGCUUUGAUGCGACCCGAGUGUGCCUGGAGCAUGUCCACAGUGGGCCUGACUGCCCAGGAGAUCUCUUUUCCCAUAGAAAACCCCUUCCUCCAGGGCAGCUACUGUCACAGCAUGGCUGGAUCCAAACCUUCCUGUGGCUAUCGCCAUGACCUGCACAACAGCUUGUACUUCAGCAUGGACACUGCACACACAGAGCACAGCUACAGAGCCCAGCCGAAGGGCCCGCCGCCAAGCUAUGAGAGACAUAAACACAGUCCCAGCUCACAGAGGUUCCCUCCCAAGAAGUCCCGGCCUUCCCAUCUCUCCCUGUCCUGCAGCGCUGAACCGUCCACCCCGAGUCCUGCUGACGACGACCAGGUGGUCCCCUCAUUCCAGAGACUUACCGUCUACGAGUGCAGCAGCCCCCCACAGACGCCAGGCAGAUGCUCCAAACCUCUGCCUCCCAUCCCCCCACAGACAGACAUCUCCCCUGAGCAGGCGAUGGACAACGAGGUGGAGUUUUUCACAAGUUCGGACGACAGCUGCUGCCUGGUGUCUGAUCAGUGUUCCAAAUCGUCUCCUUUUCGGUACGGAGUGCCGAGCCGAAGGAGCUUCAGGGACUGCGGGCAGAUUAACUAUGCCUACUACGACGGUCCACUAGGACCACAAAGCCCACGGCAGCCCCAGCAGCACCAUCAGGCAACUCCUCCACAGGAAGUGCGGGAACAGUACGAGCAGGUGCGACAGGAGCCGCCUGAGCCGGUGGUCUGCCAGAGACAGCAGGACAAGGCUCAGAGGAGGCUACGGCGCUCCCACUCUGGCCCGGCCGGAUCCUUAAACAAGCCCUCACUGCUGCGCCUCACGUGCCACAAGCGGCACACCAACAGUUUGGAUAAACCAGAGGUGCCACCGCCCAUCCCUCCGCGUGCAGUCAAGGCAGGAGACUACCGCCGCUGGUCAGCAGAGGUCUCGUCUGGGACUUGCAGCGAUGAGGACAAACCGCCCAAAGUGCCCCCCAGAGACCCUCUGUCCCUGGGGAGCUCCCGCACUCCCAGCCCCAAGAGCCUCCCGUCGUACAUCAACGGGGUGAUGCCUCCGACCCAAAGCUUUGCACCCAAUCCCAAAUACGUGAGCGGUCGGGGUUUACAGAGACAGAACAGCGAGGGAUCCCCCUGCAUCGUUCCCGUCAUGGAGAACGGCAAGAAGGCGAGCACCACACAUUACUACCUUCUGCCUCAGCGCUCUGCUUUCGUAGACUCGCCCUGUGACUGCCACACCAGGAGGAAAGCGCACGUGGAUUUAGUCUGACAAGUUUUAGUGGAAGUAGCAGAGGACUCUACUGUACGUGAGCGGAAACCACUCGACAAAAUGAUGAAACUGGACGCUAGCAACCCUCAAACUGCUGCUUUUACGAUAUGUUGUUGUGCCCCUUAUGUAUUCUGACCACACAGGGUAUGUGCGCACUGUAUACAGUUACUGGUGAUGUUGGAACAGCUCGCAGCCGAGGUACCUGACAAGAACCGUAUCUGGCUAAAGAUUCAACAUUGUAGAGCUUAUUUUUGAUAUGAUUUUUAUUUCAUGACAUUCAAUAUUGUGCUGUGUGAGCUGAUGAUGCGGUACAGUCAGAAGGUUCAGGCGGGCCUUGGACCUCGUGUGCUCAGUGUUUUGUGUCUGGAUGUUUUUGUGAGAUGCGUUGAUGCUGCUUUUGUAUCUCACAGGGGACAAAAGGUCAGUAAUGUAACCAUGUGUGAUAUAUGAAGUCUGAACAUAAGCCCGAUUUACUUUUGAACUAAAUGAAGGAUGCUAGCACUCAGAUCUCCACUCUAUCUGCUACUUUAUCGACACCGAUGUGGUUCCCCUGCCUUGUUCUCACUCAGGACGACCACGUCGGUGUACAUUUGUGUUUUUGCCACAUUGUCAUGGUACACUUUGUACCCAGAGGGGGGUACAUUACUGGUAGCUAUGCAUGUUUCCAUUGGAAUGUUUAGUGCAGCUUAUAUGGUGUGGUUGUCUGAUGAGUGUCGUUGUGUGUCUGUAUGUGCGGUGGCGUGUUUGUGCACAUGUGCAUGUGAACAGCAGCUGGAAAAGUGUUGUGGUGAUACAACAUGCAGCGGAUCAGUGGAGGAGCGUCGGCCCUACUUGUUACUGUGUGCUGCUUGUUUGCCUGCUUCUGAGCUCAGCUCUGUAAGAAGUGCACACGUCUGAGUUCCUCCUGUCGGUGUCCACGUCUGUUUGUAGCACAGAAAGUGAAUGUAUGAUAUUCUUACUGAAUUCCACUUAGAGGAGCUUCUUUUUGGUCAAAGCUGUGAGUCAUUGCUUGAAACUAAUUUGCCUCAAGUACUACCUCACUUUGAUAGGAAUCCUGUAUGUUAUAAAGUCCCAGUUCAAAUCGCAUCCAAACGUAAAAUCCCAAAUUGUAAUCGACAGGAAGACGAGGUAACCAGCUCCACAUAUGACCGGACACGAUUUGUUUUAAAUUGAGUUACACUCCAGUUGAGAGUCGAUUCUAACCGGAUAUCCUUAAAGAGAGAUUCUAGAUCACGCAGAUCUUCUGUGGGAGAUGUUCGGCGAGCCUUGUUAAUACAGACGCAUUACAAAGACAGUGCAGGGUUUACCUACCUGACACAGACUUUCCUGUUCUGCACAUGCAUUCCUGCCUUACAUGAUUGCAGUGGGUGUGGUCUGAAAGACUUUGGCUGCUGGCAGCCGAGAAAAUAUAUGGAUUUUAUUGUUGUAGAUUAUUCACGAAGCGUCUGGAUGUUAUAGAAGAUGUAGCACAUGUAUUGAAGUAACCCUUGGUAUCAAACACGGUGUUCAGUUUGGGAAACGUAACUGCUAAGGUCAAUCGGUCAUUGAAGUAUGCUCUUCCUCUCCCUCCUGCUCACAAAGCUUGCCAAUACGACGUCGCUUUGACUUAAAUGUUUGAGAAAUGUUUACAUCAUACACUAAUACUAUUUAAUCUUAAGGUAUUCACAUGUCUUAUUAGAAAUAAUACAACUGAAUGAAGACUAGUUUGUCAAGAAAUAACUUCUCUGCUGUGGUGAAGACAUGCACUGGGAGAGUUCAGUAUGCUGUGUACAGUAUUUAACAAUUCCAUUUGUUAUGAGUAGUUCAUAAGUAUAUAGUCUUUACAAAGAAAGCAAAAAAUAAAAUGACUUAUUUAUGA